GUGAUGGGCAGUUCAAGAUUGCUGUCGUUCAAGAAGUUAGUGACCACAUCUCCUCUACAGUUGCGGUUGUAAGCUACAAAAUACCCAGAGUAUGCGGCACUUACGCUGGAAUUCAUACAGAACUGAGCAUUCACCAAGGAUCCCGCACUGCGACUGGUCUACACCACAGCUGAUGACUGCUAGCAUCGAGACCAUCCGAAAACAGCUGUUAAUUACUGAAAAGCCUCCAGGCAAAAAAGACAACUGUACAAGUAUUCAUUUACCCAGAACAACAAGGUCAUGGAGAUUUCAUCAGUCUGCUGUGAUUCUGCUGCUGGUCUUGGCUGCUUCUUUCACUGCUCAUGGUCAACCAGAAGAUAUAAAACCCAGAUAUGAAAAAUUCCUCAAUCAGCAUUUGGGUCCUGAUAUGACUGAGAAAAAGUGUGACAGUGAAAUCAAACAUAGAAAAAUCUCUGACUCUAAAACACCAAAUGGCUGCAAAGAAGUUAACACUUUCAUAAAAGCAAAUAAACAUCAAAUUAAUGCAGUUUGUGAUAAAGGAGGUACUCCACAGUCCAAUGGUAUGAUUAAGAGCAACCAGCCUUUUCCUGUGAUCACGUGCAAAUUGAAAAGUAGUGAGAAUAAACGAAAAUGUGAAUAUAGAGGGAAUAAGUCCACUCGUUAUAUUGUUGUGAAGUGUGAAAAAGGCUGGCCUGUACAUUAUGACGAAGGCAUAGUUAAUGUGACAGGGUGAAUAGAGACUUACAAAGCAUAACGAUAUUUUACCAAUAAUUUGUUCACUUCUUUUUUUUCUGUCUGUCUUUGUUUUUCAACUGCAAAAUAAAUAAAUAAAUAAAUAAAUAAAUAAAUAAUAAUAAUAAUAAAAAAUAAAUAAAUUCAGUGGCUUAUAACUAGUUCUUUACAAAUCUUCUAAAUAUGGCAACCACAGUCUGACAGCUGUGAACAUGAACACUGUGCCAAUAGAUAUAUUCAUGUAUUUUAAAUAAUAGCAUUUUUGGUUGUGCUUUAACAAGCUGUAUAUAUUUGAAGAACAGCACACAAGUCCCCCUGAAGUUAAAAGAAAAUGUACCCCUCUGUUAUUAUGAGACUGUAGGAAGGAUAAUAUCUUAACUGACUCUCAUUUCAUGGUCCACCAGUCUGUUAAGUAAACUUGUAGUCAAGACCGCCUAAACCGAGACCAAGACACUACCAAGACCAGAAGGUAUCGAGACCAAGACAAGACCAAGACCAAGACCAAGACAGACCAUGUCAAGACCAAGACCAAGUCGAGACCAAGACCGAUACCAAGUCGAGACCGGAGAAAAAAAAACAGACUAGUGUUGAAGCUACGCAAUAACUUGUAUGAACAGCAGCAUACUAGGGUUCAGCCGCAGUUUACAUUCAAUACAUAUUAGACGGUAUUACUUCAACUACAGGCAGAGCAAUACAGAGACAGACCAUGUCAUGUGUGUGACUGAGCUCACUGUAAAUGUUUUUUCAGACUGGGUGAGACCAACUAUGUGUAGCAAUUGUAUGACGGCUAGGGCUGGGCGAUAAAACGAUAACGAUAUGUAUCGCGAUAAACACGUGAUCGAUAUCAAUAAAAAAUGUGUUGGAUAAAACGUUUGAUAUUUUUUAUUCUUCUGUGUCGGAAGAAAACAGAGGUUGCGAAGCAAGUUUGGUUGCAUUAACAAAGGCACUCGCUCUCUGGUAACCUAGCAACGUAGGGAGUGACACGCUAACAGCCAAUCAUGUAACAGUAUCAACUUUCGUUGCGCCAUAUCGUUGUCUCGUGCUGGUCUGCUGGAUUCCUCUUCAUAAGCAGAAAAUGAGUGCCGCAGCGAGCGAGGAAAUUUUAAAUAAAAGAGGAAAAGUCAGCUCGCCAGUAUGGCAGUUUUUUGGAUAUUAUAAGUCUGACCGUAGUCAGACCAAUGUCGUCUGCAAAUUAUGCAAGACCGUCGUCCCCGCCAAGACUGGUAAUACCACGAACUUGAUGUACCACCUUAGCCGCGCUCACCAAGAAUUUUGACCGAUUAACACAAUCAGUUAAACGGUUUAAAAGGUCUUUUUUCAGUUAUUUAUCAAAAUAUUUUAAAACGUUUUUUGGAUGGUUAAAGUAAAAUGAAAUUGCAUUUUUGAGAGAAAAAAGAUAAAUCGCGUAGGCCUAUAACGUUAAGUCGUAUUUUAUUAUUACAUUCAGAAAGACACCAGGUCGCGAAAUAUUUACAGUACACUAUAAACAUAGGCUAGGCUAUUUUAGUUCCCCUCACUCCACAAAAAUAAUUUCAAUUUAACAGUAUUUAGAAAAGAACAAAAAUGAAAAAUAUAAGAAGCUAGGGGAAACGAAACCAUUUAGGGUAAAGCGAAACUGAAACAAACAUUGGGUCUCUCACACGACACAAAUCCAAUGUCUCUGUAUUCAGGAUGUAUUUGAAUGCUAAAAUAUUAUUUAUUAUGUAAACCCGGUUUUGUACUUCUCGCAUUACAAUAUCCACAUUAAAAAAAAAUGUUUGGAAUAAUAUCACGGCAGUACGUUGAUAACGAUUAAGCAGUGUGAUUUUUUUUUUUUUUUUUUUCCCAUAUGUUUGGCUGAUUGUGUGUGCGCGUGCGGCGCCGGCGCAAUCACUUUAUUUUUUUCCUUCUAACAGGGGAAACAACUCUUUACAGAUAAUCGAAACUGUAAACGGUUUGCUGUUUGUAAAAUAAAGAAAAAUAGGAUGCCGCUUUCAGCCGUCUUCCUUUUGCGCAGCACAAAAAUGUACCAAAACUCUGCAUGCUAGCUACUUGUUGCACUUUUUUUGUUUGUUUGUUUGUUUUAUUAAGUAAAAAUAUUUAUCGUGUAGGCCUAUUUAUUCAUUAUAUAUAAAUAUAGCCUAGCUUUAUAAUGUUUUUCUCCAUUCGCAGAAGCGCUGCAUGUGAUGCGACGUGUCCAUGUGAAUCCUCAUGUUCUGUUGUUUGCUGCUUUUUGCGCAUGUAAAAUUAAUCCGGGAAAACAAAUGUUGGUAUUUUAACGAGUCACAGACACUUAUCCUUUCUAAAAUAAUUAAAUUCUAAUUUUAAAAAAUCUUGUCGGUUAACGGUUAAUAAUCGGUUAACACGCCGUGUUUUUUUUUUUUUUUUUUUUUU